AUGGCUGUGGACGUUUUGCUAGAUGGUGGAAUUAUGACAUUGGAGGGAUCAACGUUUACGAAGAAAAUUUUAUCAAGAGGCAGUGGAGCUUUCAAGCUGCUUAGCUUUGGAGGUUCAGACAAUGUGGAUGUGUAUGUCUCUCUUCAUGGAAUUGACACUAAAACUUGUGGCAGCCAAAGUCUCCCUUGCCGGUCCAUGGCUCAAGCGGUUUAUCGCGUGGGCCAUGGCGGAAACAUCUAUCUGGACGGACGUGGCACCAAGAAACGCCCUUAUGGUUGCAGAAAAGGUCGCAAUAUUUUGAUGGAUCAUCCAGGCAUUUACGUGAACAAGAGCUUGACUGUUAGGGGAUUCUACUCCACCCCACACGUUUUGUGUACUGAUGGAUUUCAUUUUCAGAAGACAAAUGGCGAGCAGCUGACAUUUGCUUUGGUACUGUCAGGAAUCGAUUUUCAACAAACUCCGCUAAAUUGUAAUGACUGCCAGCGCAUCACAAUCCACAACUGUUCUUUUCAUAAUACUUCCAGAGCCUUGGCCAUCAAAAUACAGAACACUGCAUCUUUUCAGCUUGACAUUAAAGGCAAUUCAACGUUCCGAAAUAAUUCACAAUGUAUCAACGUCCUUUUACUCAAUAACAUAAGAGAGAAAAGUCGAGACGUUACACUUAAAAUCAAAGAUACAGAGUUUGAAAAAAAUGGUCUAUACCGGCACGGUACUGGCAGAGACGUCAUAAUCAUCAGAUCCUACGCAAAAAAAGGUUCUCCUCCAGUAUAUAUUCAUAUAUUUUUCUGUAGAGUGAAAAGUUCUUACAAUCAAGGCCCCUUCCUACAUCUUGACGUUUCAAAUGCGAUUACAAACGAAACAUUCGUAGAUGUCGACCUACAUCACCAUGGAGAACGUCACGGAAAACGUAAUCGACGUUUAUAUUUCUCACAUGCCAGAGAAACAAAAGCAAAGUUCAUCUCCUUGACAUGCCAUAACAACCCAAAAAAACAAUGCAUUGUAGUUCAGUCAGACUGGGCAAAUAUAGUUAUUCAAAACUCAACUUUUUACAACCAAUCUGUAGAUUCAAAAUAUUCAGGUUCUUGCUUGUCUCUAGCGGUUAGUUUUAAUGCAUCUUUAAGAAUCGUGAACUCUAACUUCCAUAACAAUGAAGCUGGCGCCGGCGGAUCGAUUUUUGCCGAUAGCAAACACGGAUUUCUAAAAUUUGAUCUGACCAAUGUAAUAUUCAGUAAAUGCAAAGCUGUCGAGUAUGGAUGCGUGAUAUCCAUUGGAAGAACCGCUAAAGGCCAUCCAAAAAGUGAUCGGGGUCCCCACAGGUUAUAUUUUACUCUCAGGAAUGUAACCGUUGAACAGUGGGAAGGAAACAAUGGAAAGAGAACACCAAGGUGUAUAGCUAUAGACGUUUUGCUAGAUGGUGGAAUUGUGACAUUAGAGGGAUCCACGUUUACGAAGGAAAUGUUAUCAAGAGGCGAUGGAGCUUUCAAGCUGGUUACCACUGGAGGUAAAAGUAACAUUACAAUUUCAAACUGCAUUUUUAGGGACAUUUCUAUGGACGCAAGAAGAGGAAAGAUUGUACACAUAGCCUCCGUAAACGGAAACGCAGGGAUGGUUACAAUUUCGAACAGUUUCAUGGAAGGCGAAAAAAACAGGAAAAUAGCUUUGUUCAUAAGUCCCAAGUACCACAUUAAACUAUUCAACGUGACAUUCAAUUCUCUUAAAUAUGGAUUACUUGCAAAAUCAUCUUCGCAAAAAAAAGGCCCUUUUCCAAUGGAUAUUUUCAUUGAUGACUGCUCCUUUAUCGAUAACACAUAUGAUGCCAUGUUUGCACUUCUUCUUGGAGGUAUAGCUCUUGGAAAACAUACAAAGAGUAGCCUUAAAUAUGGUCACAGAAGUUGUGGAAAGUUAUUUCAAAAGUGCACAAACCCUAUGGUAGUCUGCCAGAAGAAUUUAACAUUUGGUAAAGCUGUGAGGGUUCUAUUUUAUUUAAGACACUGA